ACCAUGGCCUCUGCCAACCAUCGCGGCGGCGGAGGACGAGGUGGAGGUGGUGCUGUCGCCGGAGCCGGAGCGGAUGGCAAUGCGAUUGUGGGCCUGCAGAUCGGUUCCGCCUGGUUUCAGCGUAAGAUCAACCUGAGGCCGCAGCACCGCGGCGUCCACCUGGUCACCGAGGAGAUACUCCGACAGAUGCCGGAGCUGGCGCACUUCUCAGUGGGAUUAUGUCACAUGCAAAUUCUUCACACCUCGGCGAGUUUAGCGCUAAACGAAAGCUGGGAUCCAGACGUCAGAGACGACAUGGAAAUGAUGUUGAAUAAAAUAGUUCCCGAGGGUUUGCCCUACAGGCAUUCGUGCGAGGGACCCGACGAUAUGCCCGCGCACGUGAAGGCCUGCUUCCUCGGCAGCUCCCUGACAAUCCCGAUCACUGACGGCAAGCUGUCGCUGGGAACAUGGCAGGGCGUUUGGCUUUGCGAGCACCGCGACCAGGCCGGAUCCCGGAAGCUGGUGAUCACGCUGACCGGAUGUCCGCGCGAACAGGCCCGCAGUCCGCUGUCACCCGUCUCGCCGAUCGCCAGCACGUCCAGUUAGGGGCGGCCUCGCUCCACCCGCGACAGCCGGUAAUCGCGGGGGAGCGACAAUAAUGCCAUCAUUUCGUCGAGGCGGCUGAUACUGCAGAAGAACAUGGCUAAGGCGAACCUGGCGCAGCAGCGGGCGGCGGCGGUGAUUGCCGCCGGUCGGGGAGGCUUGGGUGGUGGUCACCAGGAUGCCCUGGCGCCACCCAAUAUCCCCGGCAUGGAGACUAAGACCGGUCGCCUUCUGCUCCGCCAGCAGCUGCACCUCAAUCUCAAUCUGAAUGUGCAGGAAACGUUGCGCGAUGGCGUCGAUAUCGAUGAUGUGGAUGAGGAUGUCGACGAGGACCUAGACCUAGAAACCGUCACAACAGUGCCUCUUAACAAUGAACAACUUAAUGCUAAGGUCACCACCACAACAUCCAGUUCAUCAGCAGCGAGCAGUGCAUUAGCUAAAUUCAAUCGUAUCAUAGACUCCACAUUGGAGCGACCACCAGUGGCCGUUGACUACUCCGGAUUGCCCCAGCUGAGCAGCGCCACACUGCAGCAGCGCUUCAACCUGGCCUAUCCGGAGUUGGUGAUCCAACAGCAGCAGAAGCAGCAACAGCAGCAGCAACAGCAGCAGCAGCAACAUGAUGCGACCAAGCAGAUCAGCAGCCUCCAGGGGAACCCCAAAUUGGAUCGUGGAACGGACGCCGUUGCCAGCACUCCAUUAACACUUCAAGCACCCAAAACUCCAGCAACGGCGACGAAGGAGCAACUGGAUUUGGGGCUUCCCCACGACGAUACAGACGUCGUCGACCACGAUGAUCAUCCCCACCACGACGAGGAUAAUCAAACGAAACGAAAUGAUGUGCAUUAUUUGUUGAAACAGUUGAAUAGUUUUAGUGACAUAGAAGAAAUAGAAAUUGUUGAUAUGAAGCAAAGAGGUCAGCGGCCGCCGAUGGCGUCCAGUUCGUUGGCCACCAUGAUGCCGCCGCCCUCGCCUGCACCGCCGGCCUCCCCAUCCACGCAGUCACAUAGACUGGGUCCGCGGUUUGCCUCCUCCGGCGACAGUUCGCUGGUCCUGCCGCAGCACCAGUUCGACGACUACCUGUUCGAGUCCUGCCACUACCUGGAGACAAACUAUUUUGCCGCCACAUACCGCACUGCCAUGGUCGAGAGCAGCUCCCACGAGUUCCGGCCCUCGACCAACAGCAGCUCGAACAGCUUCGAGCUGCACGAGAUGGAGGCGCCCAGUGUCAUCUGCAAGGCGGGGGUGCCGCCUCCACUGGUUGCCAGUCAUCCAGGUCAUCGAGGUCAUCCGCCGCCGCGAUACCAAUUCGAGUACCAAGCGGAGACCCGGCUGACCACCAGUGGGGUGCAGACGGAGCUCACCGUCGAAUCGCUGGCCAAGAUGAGCAACUGCAGCGGGAGCAGCUCCUCCUCUACGACGAGGGCUCCUCCCAUCUUCCGGUGCUGCUACACGCCCAUCGAUCGCUGGCGGGAGAGAAGGCAGCAUCAGAAGAGCUCCUCCGCCUCCUCGACCGCCGCACAGCCGCCCAAGAACGUCUGACCCUGGGCGUGGCAGUCCACGUGGAGACCCAACAUGUGCCUGGCCAACUUAGAUCAGGGAUGCAAGCCAAAGGGAAUUGGAAUGGGUUCGGAAUUCACAAUCAUGGGUUUUCUGGGUUUUGUGAAUGGUUUCCACUUGAA